UCUUCCCUCAUCCCGACGACGCCUACAGUACCUACAGUACCCUACCUUGCGUGCCCUUUGCUCUACAGUAUUAAUGCUCCCUGCGUGGGGACGGAGCGAGGUGUACGGACGGUACCAGUGACGGUACAACCGAAAGUAAUCCAUCCAUCCCACCCCAUGCCAUCCCAUGCCAUCCCAUGCCAUCCCAUACCAUACCCAUUUCCCUUCCACUUCCACGUCGGCCUCCACUUGCAUAGUGUGGGCUUUGGAUCUGCCUUUGUUUCUUGCUUCUGCUGCUGCUGCUGCUGUUGCUGCUGCUCCUCCUUCUGUCUCCUCCCCUUCAACCCUCCUCGUCUACACCCUGGUCAACUCGCGUCUUAACCCCCCCCUCCCAUGUCAAGUACUUCUUCUGGAGCUCGAUUGUGGAACUUUCCGUCAUUCCACUAGCCCAUUCAUCCAGCACUUUUCAUAUAACAUCAGCCUCCUCGCCGCUGUUGCGCCCGUGCCUACUUGGAUGAAAAGACUCUUGACUUGACCUGACCUGACCUGGCCACCACCACGGGACCAUCACGCUCGCUACUACUUCCACUUCAGACACAUUCGACGACGACCAUCUUGCACACCUCUUGUGGUGACCCAUCUGACGCUGC